AAUCUACGUUCUGCUCGACCAUUCAUUCCUUGAUCAACAUCAUGGACCACAACAGCGACACUUCAUCGACAGCAGGUCCUUCCAGGCGACGGACUACGCACCACGACUUGCACCAUCUCUCACCCGAGAUCAUCGUCAUCGGAGCUGGUAUAGCAGGCUCAGCAUUGUCUUAUGCUUUAUCUCAUUCAGGUCGGAAAGUGUUACUACUCGAAAGAGACUUGUCUGAACCUGAUCGAAUUGUCGGAGAGCUACUUCAACCUGGUGGCGUGAAUGCCUUGUCAAAAAUUGGUCUGGCGAAUGUUUUGGAAGGGAUCGAUGCGACGCCAGUAGAGGGAUACACGAUCACGACUGGGGUCGGAGGCGAGAGGAAAGUGGCUUGUCCGUAUCCGACUUUGGAGGGAACGGACAAAAAUACGGGGAAAGGGAGCAAAGCUGGAGGAGAUGAUGAGAUCCGAGCGAAUGGACAUGUCAACAACGGGCUCUCGACUGGAGAAGCUGGGUCUGGUCUCAGGCAUAGACACUCCAAUGGUUAUACGAAUGGUGGUCAACUCAAUGGCGACACUUCCUCUGCUGCGGCUCAAUGGCAUGUCGAAAGCGCUUCUGGACGUAAAGAAGGUCGAUCGUUCCACCAUGGUCGAUUGAUCAUGUCACUACGGAACAGAUGUAUCGACGACGCCCCCAAUUGUACCGUCCUCGAAGCGACCGUGAAAGAUCUCAUCUACUGUGAUCAUUCAUCCCACGUCAUCGGAGUCAAUGCAGCGUUCAAGGUGCCCAAGGCGGGUUCGGAAUCAUCUGGAAAUGCAGACAUAAAGGAAGAGAUGGAGACGGUCGAGCGAAAGGUCUACGCUCCUCUCACCAUCAUCGCCGAUGGAUGUUUCUCCAAGUUCAGAUCUAUCCCAGGGUCCAGACUCCCUCCGACUCAAACACGAAGUACUUUUGUUGGCGCCAUCGUCAAGGACAUCGAUCUGCCCGCCCCUCGUCGAGGUACAGUCUGUUUGACGCCCAGUGGACCUGUCCUCCUCUAUCAGAUUGGCUACGAAGCCAGGGAGACGAGGAUGUUAGUUGACGUGAAAGGGAAGCUGCCAAGCGCGGCGGACGGGUCAUUAAAGCGAUUCAUUAUCGACAACUACGUACCUUACCUACCCACCAAUGUUCAGCCUGCCGUGACAGAGGCCGUGGAGACACAGCGACUCCGAACCAUGCCCAACUCUUUCCUCCCGCCCUCCAUGCAAGGCCUUUCUGGCCAUUCUCUGCGAGGCGCAAUCAUGGUCGGUGACGCCUACAAUAUGCGUCAUCCCCUUACCGGAGGAGGUAUGACAGUAGCAUUCAACGACGCUGUCAUUCUCUCGGACAUGCUCGCUCCAGGUGGAAGGUUAAAUUUGAAGCCUGGACGGGAGGGUCUCGAAGAUUGGGAGACAAUCGCGGGAGGAUUGAGAGAUUGGUUCUGGGAGCGAAAACAUCUGGCCGGAGUCGUCAAUGUUUUGUCCAUGGCCUUGUAUGACCUUUUCGGAGGCGCCGAUCACCCCGAGUUCAGUGUCCUCCAAGCUGGUUGUUUCAAAUACCUCGGAUUGGGCGGAGAACAAGUCGCUGGACCGGUCGGCCUUUUAUCCGCUAUCACUCCCAAACCACUCCUUCUAUUCUAUCACUUCUUCGCCGUGGCACUCUACUCCAUUUACUUGUUAUUCAAGCAAGGUCCUCCGGCACCCGAUGGCAAGUCGAACUCAGCACCUGGCAUCCUGGCCGUGCCAAACCUCAUGUGGUUGUCUAUGCGAACUUUCUGGACCGCUUGUGUUGUUUUGCUGCCAGUCAUCUGGACAGAGUUCAAAAUUUAGAAGCACAAGCACAUUAUGUAGCAUAUUUGUCGGCGU